GCAUCAGCAAAUCAUAGUCCCUAUGUGUGGGUGAACAUGAGUAAAGCUGGGAUUGCGUCUCUGUUGACACCUCCGCAGAUUCAGCGUGAAGCAGGGAGAGAGAAAAGAGACAUGCAGACAGAAUGACUAGAAAGAGGAGGACAGAGGGAGCGAGAGAUAAGGGUGAAAGAGACACACACACAAGAUAUAUUUGACUAUGUGGGUGUGUGAAGUAUCAAGGCAUGCAUCAUAAUUGUGGAUUCUUCUCGAUGCAGCCGGACAUGUCAGUUCAGUAGCAGGACAUUAUUGAUCUCGCAACAAAGUGUGUUUGUUUUGUACUUUAGUGGGAGCUGAGAGCGUCAUAAGAGACAAAAUGGAAACCUUUUUUUUUUCGCUGGCUCAAGGAUUUCAUUAACUGGGAUUAUAAAAAAAUAUAUACUUGAACUAGUUGAAGGGAUGCAGACCGGAAAAUGACGAUGCCCCCCCACUGUCAAUAAUCAAGAUCUCAAGGCAAGAAUUUAUCUGAGAUGGCCGUCAGCCCUAUCAUCAUCUGCCUCCUGUCCCUGAUUGGCUAUGUCUCAACCCACCCCUCUCCUCCUCCACGGGGAUGCAGUGUGGAUGUGGACCCUCCGUACAGAGUGCUGUGUGACCUGGAGGCGGUCUGGGGUGUGGUUCUGGAGGCUGUGGCCUGCAGCGGCGGUCUCGCCUCUCUGGUCCUCGCUGUGCUCCUGCUAGUCAAGCUGCGCUCCAUUUCUGAGCCCGCCAGGCGCUCCGGCAUGGGGCCUCUUCUCCUGCUCCUGGGCACCCUCCUCGGGCUCUUCUCCAUCUCUCUGGCUUUCCUGGUGGGGAAGAACCAGGCGCUCUGUGUGGUCCGCCGGGCCUUCUGGGGGCCCCUUUUUGCCCUCUGCUUCUCCAGCUUGCUAGUGCAGGGUGUGAGGCUCCGGAGGUUGGUGGCCGGCAAGACGAGCCCAUCGGGCAGCUCCCUGGCGGCGCUCGGUCUCGCCUUGGCCUUGGUUCAGGGGAUCAUCUCUGCUGAAUGGGUCUUACUGACUGUCGUUAGGGAGGGCCAUCCGGCUUGCGAAUAUCCGCCUUUAGACUUUGCUCUGACAUGCAGCUACACCCUGGGGCUGCUCCUCAUAGCCAUGGGGCUUUCUCUGGGGGUGGUGCUGUGUGGAGGAGAGAUGGGGGCAGAGGGAGCAGGUGGCAGUGAAGAAGAUCGAGAGGGAGAGAGUGAAAAGCGGAGAUGGAAGUGUAAUGCUGUCUGGCUCUUCCUUUCCAGUCUGGCAUCAGCAUUGCUAUGGGUGGCUUGGCUGGGGUUUUAUCUGUAUGGCAGCCAGGUGCUGAGGGUGAAGGGGAAAGGGGAGAGGUUGGGAGGAGGAGGAGGUAAGAAGGAUGUAAAGGUGUUGGAUGAGCCAGCACUGGCGGUGGCCCUGGUCAUUCAAGGCUGGAUCCUGCUGCUGUUCCACGCUAUUCCAGAGGCGCACCUGUGUCUCCGGAACCCUCCACAAUCCAUCACGCAAGACUUCUUCAACACCAGUCACACGUCCCCUCCUCCACAUUUCGAUGAGCUCCCAGCACAUUCUCACCGACCCUUCCCUGAGAACCAAGCCUUUUCUAUGGAGGAGCACGGUGAAACUCUCCGAACUGGAACAUACCACAGCAGCCAUGGCAGUAUGCGUCCUGGCAUCGCCUUCAGAGGUCACGUCUACCAACCCACUGAGAUGGCUCUGGUCAUGAAUGGUGGAACAAUGCCCACAGCCCCAGUUAACUACACUGGACGACGGUUAUGGUAAUAGGUGAAUGGCUUGAAGACGACACGCUGGUGUAACACCGGUGUGGGAUCGUAGAAUGUCCUAUUGCCUAAGAAGAAGAAGGAGAUAUUGCGAACAUCAAAUAUCACACAGGAUGGAUUUGAUGCGAGCUUAAAAAUGCGUAAUGUAUUUGUGUUUCUGCACACACAUGUAUUCAUUUUAAGAACCAAUCUUAAUAGUAUUUUGCUGAAGUUUUCUGGGUUUGCCUCUUUAUCGGCAGACUGGACGGAGAAUAACGAGAGAGGGAGUCGAAAUUUACGCAGCUUCCACAGUUUAGGAGAUUUUGUCAUAAAGCGACAGCCGUUAUUGUGCAUUAUUUAGAUCGGCACAGAUAGUCUUGAUUGUACAUGUAAAUAAAUACACGGACGAGGACUGAUAAGUAGGGCUAAUGUUAUUCGGUGAAUAUCAAAGACUAGUGUUCAAUGUGGUAUUAACCACGAGAAAGUAAAUAUUAAAGGAUGAUUUGAAUGUAUAGCUCUAAACAAAUGCUGUUACUUACUGAUGCCAGUUUAUCAGUGAUGUUUGCUUCAUAUAAACUGCACUUUCCUUCUCUUUCUAUCUGGCGUCAAGCUACAACACAGAAAAAAAGCCUUUUGGAUGUUUAUGUAAAUUACCUGCAUACGCCCACAACGCUGGCUUGGCCUCUGUAUUACAUCCUGGAAAGACCCAAAGGACUCGCAGUGUGUGUUUCUCUCCAUGUCUCCAUUCUAUUACCAGUGCUAUUGGACAUUUCGCCAUGCGUAUUGAUAAUCGUUAUGCAUUUAACAACGCUUGUGCAGAAUUCUGGAGAAUCAUUUGGUGAUUUAAAGGCUAAGAUGAGUCUACAGCUCAUGGAUAAGUCGUUUUUAAUAAGCAUAUCAUAAAAAGCCAUUUAUUACUGCAAUACUGCAGCAUAUACAGUAAGGUUUGCUGUUGGAGGUUGUGAGUUUGCACUAUAUCAUGUCUGGGCAUUGUGAUAUUUGAGAUGUAUGAUCAUUUGAGAUGCAUGUAAAAGUGCAGUUUAUAAGUAAUGUAUUAAUUGUAUUUUAAAUGUUUUCUAUAAUUUUGAUAUACUUAUGGAAGAGAAAUGCCAGUUUUAGUGUUGAGUUGCAAAGUUUUUUCUUGACAUCUUCAAAGACAGCGGUUGACAAAAACCAUCUGAAGAGCUCAGUAAAUUGAAAACAUCUGCAAUUCUAUGAUAACUAGGUGAACCCUAUCUGCAGUGGAAGACCAUGUGGUACGAUUGAAAGCUCUGGAACAGCUACUAAAUGGACCGUGAAGUUGUACUGUUUUGUCACCCAGUGUCACUCAUGUUUUCCCAUGGUUACUUUGGAGACUUUACAGACCAUACUUUUAUGUUUGUAAAUGUAUUGCAACGUCUCAUUAUAUUCAGGUUCCCUUUCAAUUUCAAAGUCCAUCGAUUAUAGAGAAAACAUUCAGUAAUCCAUCACUGUGAACUGGAACAGAUUCAUACGCAUGUAUACUGUUUUCAUAAGUGACACAGCAAAGUUUGGCUCCAGAUCGAGACAGAUUUCUAGUUGGCAGCUGCUGUUCACAUGAACUGGCAAUUGAACUCUGAGGUAACAGUUUUCUCCUCCUGAGCAACACUGAAUUCAGUCCAAGACAAUUUAUCCAGUUAAAAUACAAUUCAAAGAACAGUCACCAUGUUCAUGUUGUGACCAUUUCUUCUUUCUAUAAGACUAAACUAAAUAAUUUGCUUACGUGUACAAGUGUGUGCUCAGAUAUUCGUAUGUAUUAACCCUAUAUAACUGAGUUUUAAUCAUGUAAAUAAUCCAAAUGUGAAAAUGGUAUUUUCCUUUUUUGAGAUGCUCUUAUGAUGAUAGCACUGUCACUGUUUUAUGGCAGCGUAACAUGAAUGUCUGUAAUGUGAUUCGCACAAAGUGACUAAUACAUCAGUGCAUAUUUUCUGUAAAGUA